UCGUCUUUCGUGAGUAUUUUCUUUGAUCAUCCAGCUUUGGGAAGUGUUAUAGCCCAUCCGAGGUAAACUCAAGAUGGGUAAGAUUAUGAAAAGUGGUAAAGUCGUACUCGUCCUGAGUGGACGGUACGCCGGAAGGAAGGCCAUCAUCAUGAAUAACUAUGAUAAUGGUACAUCUGACAAACAGUACGGACAUGCUUUGGUCGCUGGAAUCGACCGCUAUCCAAGGAAAGUGCAUAAGCGUAUGGGCAAAAUCAGGAUCCACAAGCGUUCCAAGAUCAAGCCUUUCAUUAAGGUAUUGAACUACAAUCACUUGAUGCCCACUCGUUACACCGUCGACCUUCCAUCAGAGAGCAAGAUCUCGAUGAAGGACCUCAAGGAUCCGAUGAAGCGCAAGAAGAUCCGUUUCCAGACCCGCGUCAAGUUCGAGGAAAGGUACAAGAUGGGAAAGAACAAGUGGUUCUUCCAGAAACUGAGGUUCUAGAUUAUGACUCUUUAUAUUAAUGUAUAAAAACAUGAUUUUUUUUUUCAAUGUU